AUGCCAUUAUUCCCCAUGACCUCAGACAAAGGGCGAGAUAUAACCCAAGACCAGAAAUAUAUACCCACAUCCCGCCCGCAGCCCAAGAACCCGCCAGCGUCGAUACAAAUAAAAAACAGACGCAAGCGAUAUCUAGAGCUACAUCCCGAAUACUUCUCCCCAGCACUAGAACUAGCAGACCCCCUUCUCUAUGACCGUCUAAUACGCCGGUUCCAGACGGCGAGCGAGCGCGAAGCCGAAGGCCGGCUAAAAGGCCACUCCGGCACUCUCGAAGCAGAUCUAGAACGCGCAGAAGCCAAAAUGGAAGCUCUUGCCAACCCCGACCCGGACUCACUAUUAUCGUACAGCCGUGGGCCGAACGGUGAGAUUCUAGCCGAAGACGCAGAUGAGAUACCCUCUUCCAAAGCCGAGGGGCAAGAGCGAUGGCGGUACGAGAUGGAAAUGAGAUUCGUGAAGGGUGCAGACGACCAGUUUGAGUAUGGCGUUGUAGAUGAGUGUGAGGAGUACGAUGAUCUGAGCGAGGAGCAAGAACGGUAUUUCGACGAGGAGGAGCCGGAGUGGAUUGUUGAUGAUGAGGGGGAAGAAGAAGGAGGAGGAGGAGACAGGGAGUUGAAGGGGGAGACGGGGGUUCAGGAUUUUUAG